AUGCCUGCUGUUCCUAAGGGUACAGUUCUCGUCUCCGGCUGCAAUGGCUAUGUUGCUGUGUGGGUCGUCAAACAGCUCCUCGAGGACGGGUACACCGUACGCGGUACCGUUCGAAGGGAGUCGUCCAUCCCUUACCUCAAGGACCUCUUCGGAAGUUACGGCGACCGCUUCGAAAACAUCAUCGUACCUGACAUCACCAAGGAGGGCGCAUUUGACGAAGCGGUUAAGGGCGUCGAUGCCAUUGAGCACACCGCGUCGCCUUUCCAUCUGAACGCAGACGACCCGCAGGAAAUCAUCGGCCCCGCCGUCUCAGGCACCGUCGGCAUGCUACAGUCUGCUCUAAAGCAUGCCAAUGGCACCGUCCGCCGCGUCGUGGUUACCUCGUCUUGCUCUGCCGUGCUCACCGAGGACCCAGACCUGACUAAGUCACACACCUUCAGUGAGGUCAACUGGAACGAGGCCGCGAUACAGGACGUCCGCGAGAACGGACGCAAUGCCGAACCGAUCGACAAGUAUCAUGCAAGCAAGGCCCUCGCUGAGCGUUCGGCCUGGGAGUUCGCCCAAAAGCACAAGGGCGAGGCUAAGUUCGACGUCGUCGCGAUCAACCCGCCAUAUGUGUACGGUCCGUGGCUUCACGAUGUGAAGAGGGUCGAGGACCUGAACACGUCAAUGAUUGCGUUCUAUGAUGCGGUCAUCAAGGGCAACAAGACCCCCGAAGAGUUCGCAACCGGGGGGCAAUCCUGGGUCGACGUUCGUGAAGUGGCCGUUGGUCAUGUCCGUGCGCUUCAGCGUGAAGAGGCUGGCGGCGAGCGUAUCAUCACGAGUAGCGGGCCGUGGAACUGGCAGGACUUUGUCAACGCUGCGCACAAGAUCGAGCCCAGUCUACCGGCUGGUAAUACAGCAUAUGACCCCAAGACGGCUGUGUACCACACCUGCUUCGACAAUAGCAAGAGCAAACGUCUUCUUGGCCUCGAUUACCGCACUAUUGAGGAGACGACUCGCGACAGCGUUGCGCAGUUUAAGGAGAAGGUCUGGCUGUAA